AUGGAGCCAGAGCCAUCGGACAACAAGAGUGCUAUUGAAUUCCCAGGGCUUCCCGGACAAGGCAGCACCGAGUUCCAAUAUGCGAUUUCCUGUGAGUUCUGCUUCAAGACAACCACAGCGUCGUCCCAGAACCAGCAAAGAGAAAAGCAAGAGAGCACUAGGCGUCAUGCUCCUUAUGUCUCAUUUGGCGACCGCGGGAUAACAGCGAGUGCCGGUGUGUAUGGCCAGCUACUGCGCAUUUGUCGCCCCAUCCAGGACAGGCAGGGGGGCCAGCUCCACUCGGGUCUGAUCGGACUGGGACCAGGCGAAGAACCAGAGGCAUGGUAUGUCUAUUGGCGCGCAUCGCAGUUUCUGGAGAGCUCGCAGAUUUCCGCGAACGGAAUUGGUUUACGAAUUUUGAACACUCUAUCCUCGGAGCCACCAACACUUGAAUUUCUGGGAGACCGCUGGCCGAUAAUAUCGUAUAGAACCAACGAAGGGGUCUCUAUCACUGUCAGGCUAUGGUGCCAAAACAACUUGGUUGUGCAGCAGAUGCAGGUGACAAAUACCUUGAAUACAAAAGAGCCCCUUAAGCUGGAGCUCAACGCAGACUUCAGUCUACAAGACCUUGACUAUCAAAGAAAAAGGGAAAGAUUACAUGUGCGUCAAGCCAGUGGACCUCAUGGAUUCGGAGUCGUUACAUUGGAAGAGAGUCCCGAUUAUCCCGUCAGCCAAGACCGAGUCUGCGUGCUUUUGGGUCUGUUUAAGGAUGGAAAGCCACAGCAAACAAUAUUUAAUGAGAAUGAGGAAGAUCUAAAUACCAAACCCUCAUCUUUGAUCCUGAAACAUGAAUUCGAGGGACCGGACAUUGUGGACUUCACCGUGGCUAUAAAAAUUGAAAAGACCAGCUUCAGUGCUCCAUGGCAAUCAUAUUUAAUCCCACCAGAGGAUCUCAUAUUCGAUGCUCAGAUUGACGACGCCGAAGACCAAAAUGCCUCUGUGUCGAAUGAGGCGGUGUUGAGUUGGCAUCUCCGCCGUAACCUUGAACACAUUCUAUCCGUGUGCAGUAUCCCAGUGGAUUCACACAUAUUCAAAAGCCAAACCACCCCAGGCCUCACGGAAACAGAAAAUCAAGAUCUCCCGACAAAGACGACGAGGAAACAGGGUGUUGAUGGGAAUGAGGUAUCUUUUACUCAUACAGAUGAAGCUGAAGAUGAAACGAGAGCAUCCCACCGGCCCGAUGAUCAAACUACAAGCACCAGAUGGCAAAGAGGAUGUUCUUCAUCGAAGUACUCCAUCUCAAGACAGAAUUGGACCGGUGGCCCUCACAUGUGGUGA